AUUACUGGAUUUUUCGUUGAUUCUUCACUCGACUCUCACGCCCAAAACCCAUUUCCUCAACAAACAAACACAACUCUCUUUGAGACCCACAUUUUAAUUAAUUCAACAACACCACCCUGUCUCUCAGUCUCUCAGCUUUCACACUUUCCACCACACUCUCACUCCCUCACUUUGCUUUGCUUCUUCAGGUGUUUAGACUUGAUAUUUAGUUACAGAGAAGAUAAGGACGGGAAUUUAGGGAAGUCCAUCAUGUUCAAGCGAUCACCAAGCAGACCCAGAUCCAAAAGCGUCAAGGUAAAACAUAUUCUGCAAAUUUGUCUGUUACUUGGUGUGUGUUUCUGGUUAGUCUACCAGGUCAAGCGCUCCCAUGAUAAAAAGAAGGAAUUUAGUGAGAAAGAUGCAAAACUCUCGGUCAAUGCACAAAGUGGUGGUGAGCUUCCUAGAUUAGGGAGGAAAGAUCUACCUCAUUUGGAGGAAGUAAUUGAGAAAGAGAAUCAUCAGGAAGAAGAGGAAAAAGUAAUUGGAGGAGAGGAAGAGGAAAACAAGCCAGAUGAAGAAGAGCGAGAAGAAGAAAGCAAGCUUGAUGUAGAAGAGCAGGAGGAAGAAGAAAACAAGAAUGAAGAUACAGAAGAUGAGGAAAGGGGAGGUGGAGAUGAUGAGAUAGAUGAAAAUGAUGAAGAGAAAUUAGGCAGGGAAGCUGAUCAUGAUGAGGAAUUUGUGGAUGAAGAGAAAGAGAGGGAAGAGGAGCAUGAUGAGAAGGACAGUGAGAGGAGCAUGGAUAAAGAAAGUCAAGUAGCAAAUGAAAAUUUUUCAGAGGAUCAGGAUCAUGAUGUAGGCGAUCAGAACACUCAUGAAGCACGAGAGGAAAAUUACAAGGGAGAUGAUGCUUCCAGUGCAGUGACCCAUGAUACCCGGACUAUUAUCUCUGAAACUGAGAAAGUGAGUUCAGAAAACUCAAUUGAGAAAUCAGAAGUGAGUAUCUUGGAGCAGGAGAAAAAAUUGAAUCACACUGAAGAAAUUAAUAGUGAUCAAAACAAUUUAAUUGUAAAGGCAAGAGGAGAUGAAAUGACUAAGAAUGGCACUUCUUUGAGUGUAACUGAUGUUGAAGGCAAGGGUAAUGAUAAUUCUUACAACUCUGCUGAUAGCUCAGUUGCAAAUUCAACAGUGACAACCCAACCCGGUGAUCACCCUGAAGCAAUCAAUAACACAUCACUGUUGAGUACCAAUGCAGGCAAUAACUCAACUGAAGUAAGUACUGAAGGCCAUGACACAGCAGUAACAGGUACAGACACUCCUGAUUCUUCCCAGCUGAAUGGAACAGUGCCUGUACCUGAUUCAGCACAUGCUCAUAAUUUAACAGUGGACGUUUCGACUACUGGAGAUGGUGUGAGUGUGCAAAGCUUGAAAAUUGAAGAGACCAAUAGCUCUACGACAGUUUCUGAAAGCAAUCAAUCUGAUGGUAAUUCAAAGCUUUCAGUUAAAAUUGAAAAUGUGGAAGCAGAUGCAGGAGAAUCAUCUACUUCACGUAGUAAUUCUAAGUCUGCUGUAUCAGAAAACUUAACAGGUGAAACACAGAAUGGCUCUGGGUCUUUGGCAACAAAGGAGAAUGCUGAUGCUACCGAAAAUGACAAGUCAGAUGGUAACACUGAAUCAGGUAGAACUGAAGAAAGCUCAGACAAUUCCUCCAGAGAUGAGACUUCAGAUUCUGUUCAACAUGACCCUAUUGAUGCUUCGGAUUCCCAUAUUGCCUUGACUGAGAAAGAAGUUCGCACAGAUCUGGAUACAUUGCCAGAUAUCAGAACAGAAGGGGAUAACAGUGAAGACACUGCAGCAGAGUGAGUGCCAUGGUAAAUGGCUGUUUCGUUCCUGUGCUCUGGAGUUUCUUGUAUGUCCCUCUGUCUUCAUACUACUUUUAAGGUUAUUAGAGUGUUUUGCUUCACUGUUGAUGAAUGUUGCCUAGAGGAUCAAGUUAGCAGGAAACAUGUAGGCUAGUGGAUAUUAUCUGCAGAUUUAGUCUGUAAUUUAUUCAACUUUUUAAUUUAUACUUUUUUUUUUUCGAUGUAUUUAAUGUGUGCCAUGGUUGCUUAAGGCCAGAACUGCACAGUUAGAGCACAUAUGGUUAAACCUUCAAAACUUUGUUUCCAAUGGAUUGACGCUCAACACAAUGAAAGAUGUUUGAUUUCUUGGAACAUAAUGACUGAACAGCUACCUUAUUUGA